AUGCCGUGCACUAUCAAGAUGCGCCUUGUUGAGGCCCGUGAUAUGCCGGUGGUUGACCGGACUAGUAAACAAGUAGAUGCGUAUGUAAGUAUCACAUUUGCAAGCUUUGAAGCCAAAUCGUCGGUAUUUAAAAAGACAUUGAACCCAAAAUGGGACGAGGAAUUCCGAUUCGAUGUGGCAGAUGAUUCGGUACUGCAGAGUCAACCAAUUGAAUUCAAACUCAUGGACCACGACGUGUACACGACCGACGCGACGGUAGGAAUUGUUUACGUGGAUCUCAACUGUCUUUUAAUGCGUGAUGGACACGUGAUUCAAGGCUGGUUCCCAGUCUAUGACACACUACUUGGUGUUCGAUGUGAACUGAGUUUAGUUAUUCGUCUUCAGUACUUUGGAGAUGUGAACCCGUUUCGAGAAUCGUCAGCAGGUGUACAAUUCUUUGGUCUAUCGACGCUCGAUCCGAGUUUGUACAGGAUUGAGAGCAUGCUGGGCUUUGUCGAAGAGCUUGUGGUGCACGCAGACCCCGAGUAUUCAUGGAGUGAUAAUUUCCGCACCUCUAGAAAAAGCAAUGAACAUCGACAAUUACUUUUGUACAAGUUGUCAUCACAAGUGGUGACGAUGGUUGGUAAGAAGGCAUUGGAGCUUGGAGGGAAUGCGGUGUUGGCGUACAAGCAGUUUUUUGACGUGGAAGGAGAUAGUGGUUUAGUAGCACGUGCGUGUGGCACUGCGUGCUAUAUCACGCCCGUGGAGAAGAACGAGUUGAGUUUUGAAGAAAGUGGUGGCAACCAACAACGGACACUCAGUGAGGACGGACAUGAUAACGAAAUGAAGAUUGACACCAGCAAAGACGAAAUCUCGGCGGCGGGAGGCGACGAUGUAGAUGCUUUGGUGUCUCCGCGAUAUUUUCCACGGCGUGUGCUGAAGUCACGCAAGGCGCCUGAAGUGUUUAAUAUCUCCGCCCACGAUGAGGUGCAAUUGAUUACGCUCAAGGUGUUUCAUCCUGCAACGAGAAUUCGCCUGGCUGGAAUCGUCAGCGCGCGUUCAGUGAAGUAUCUAGGUAAGCUGGCAACGAAUUUGGCUGAUCAAGAAACGCGGGAUUCGUGGUGGCUUGAGCUCCGUGAAGAGAUCCGGGCUCAUGCACAAUCACUGCAGUGCCCAUUCGUUAUCGGCUACACUGAGUCAUGUACCAUUCACGAUGACGUUUGCGUAAUUUCGGCCUCAGGAACUGCUGCUGUCUUAAAAAAUCCGCUUGAAGAGCGUCCUACUCGGCAAGAUAUGGUCACCAGCAAUGAUGUGGAUGACGAUGGCCCAGAUGUGCACGCAGCAGCGUCACCGAUGUUAAAUCGCUCUAUGCUGGAGUUUCCUACCUCGCUCAGUCACCGUAGCCCAUCGUUCACGUUUACGGCACAAUCCUCCGUCGCACCACCUCGAGCAAAGUCAAGGAGGAGCGGCGUAUCUAAAUCUCCCUGUCUUCUGUGCCACAUUCCGUACUCGCGAUCACUGGCACCAUUUUCCAAUAUGAGGAUGGUCCGUUGUGGUGUAUGCAGAAGUAAAUGGGUUCCAGAGAUGAUGAUCGCGUCCAUCGAGCCUCCUACUGGUCUUGCCAUGAUGGGAAAAGGAACCUUUAUUCAAGCUCGAGUUUGUCGUCAGCGCAGGAAAGGAACUGGUGACGUGAAUGCAACGAUCGUGUCCGACGCUUUACCAUUUCUUGAAUACGAGCUCUAUCGGCAGCUUAUUGUUAAGAUGAAAGUUCUCGGCGUGAACGCGGUGUUUGCAUUCGACUCUCAGAUUCAAGUCGGCGGCUCACUUAUAGUCGGUGUCAUCACUGGAACUGGUCUUUAUCUUCCUGCUCUCCCGCCUCCUCCAACGCUUCGAAUCGAGCGAAACAUUGAUGUAAAAGAUGAUGAAGAUCGACGACUUGUUCAACUUCAGACACAAAUUGAGGAACUCAGCACAUUCAACACGGACAGGCUCCAUCGCGACCGCGUCAGCAUUGUUCAGCCCGAGCACGAAUACUGUACUGGAAGCAGAAACGCGCACAGCCAACUCCAGGCUAGCAAUUCACUCCCUUCAGAUCCAGGUAAUGAAAACGGAAAAGGAUUCGGGCGUUCGUUUCAGAUGUCUCAUUCCCGAUUCUCAAGACAACCGCGGCGAAGACAGCUGCCACGGCCUCCGUCAGAUGACGGAUCUCAUGCUCAAACAACCACAAAUGCGGUCAGUGCAGCUUCUCCGGAGAUCGUGGCAACGCUUGCAGCUGAUGGCACUGGUGGCUCACGAACACCUUCGGCAUCCCAGACCUCUCUUGAUAAUGAUUCAAAAACACUGAGCUCAUGUUCAGAUUCAAGUUCAGAGUCGGAGGAAGAAGCGUUUGUCGAUGGUUUCAGUGACUCAAAGGAGACGUUUGUUUUGGAGAUUGACGAUGAGACGGAUGAAGACUUGAUGUCGGUGUUGCUUGAGCAGGAAUUGCCAGAGGGCAUCUAUGUAUGCAACACGGAUCGUCUCCCUGGAGACUUCGUGCCCGGUGAGAAUGUGCACUUAAUAGUUUCCAUGAAGAGAGUGGAAUGGGACGAAGACCGUAUGCGUGACACGCGACUAAAUGAACUGCUAUCGGUUGUAUUUAAGGAAGUAUUUGCAAGCCUUUUGUUCAAGGUGCGCUCGUAUGCUCCCUGUGCUAUAUGUGGCUUGAAGACGAGAGUAGCAGUGGCUUCUGCAACUAUGCUCGAAGUGGUUCUGAGCGGUAUGGUGGUUCUGGAGAAGAAAUGGGAAGACCCGCUUGGUCAUCUUUUGAACAAUGCCGCAAAGGCGGUGGAAGUGGAAACAUCUCAGCAAGCUGCUUCUCCGGACAAAGCCACGUCGUCGUCUUCAGCUGUGCACGAUAUUCUGCUUUGUGGCAAAACUCUGUCAAAAAAAAUGCACACUCAAAUGCCUCAUACGAUGGCAUCAGGAUCUGGUCGUAGUGCAACAGCUGUACCAGCUCCGUAUGGCCGCGAAUGGAUUGAGCUCACGCCGCUUGGAUACAUCCCUGGUGCUCACGUAACGCGCUAUCUUGGUCGUGUGACACUGCACUUUAUCAAGGAAAGCUGGACGGUGCGUGAGAGUGGUGGCCUUGGUGCCUUUUAUCACUUGUUCCUAAGCGAAGCAAUUGCGAUUGUCCGUGCGCACGUGCGUUCAUUGGGUGGCAAUGCCAUGCUGACCUUCCGCCUCGUUCCCAUCGAGUCCAGUCAGUUGUAUCGCAAUCAAGUGUACAACAUGAUUAGUAUCACUGGUGACGUCGUUAUGAUUAUGCGUCAAAUGGACAAUCACAUCAUCUAUCCGAUCAAUCUCUGGGAAUUUAAUGCUGCUGCCCACACUGGAACAGAUGAACGUCUUUGA